AUGCUUAGAGACCAAUGUGCAGCUCUCGUUGAGCUGUACGACAAGAAAAUCAUGAAUUCUUUGGAAGCGAUUUUCCAUGACAAGGAGAAGGUGAGUAUAAUUCAUUCCUCGACUACAAAAGCUCAGCCAGAAUGUGUUAACCGAAAACCCGAUGAUUCUGAAAAUCGAGAGCUAUAUCGUGGAGAACAAUCAAGACAAUCAAAAUUCGAGAACAACACGGAAGGAAAUGAAGAAUCGACGGCUUCUAGAAGUGAGCAACUGGAAAAGUUGGCGCAGUUUUCAAACGGAACUGUUCGAGUCCUCGUUUCUACUUCUGUUGCUGAAGAGGGAUUGGAUGUAUCUGCAUGCAACCUGGUUAUCAAAUAUAACUAUUCCACAAAUGAGAUUGCACAUGUACAAAGAAGAGGUCGUGGUCGCGCCAGUGAUUCGAAAUCUAUCCUGAUCACGAAUGAUGAGUCUCUCAGAAAACAAGAAAUAGCUAAUAUGGAAAAAGAGAAACUGUGCGAAAAGGCCAUACAAUUGGCGCAAGAGAAUAUCAGCGAGUUUCAGCUUUUGAUUAAUCGGAAAAGUGAUGAAAUUUGGCCACGAUUGCAGUCGGAGCGUACUGAGAAAAUACGAAUCGAUCGAAUGUUGGAACUGAAAAACUCAACAUACAGGAUUGUUUGUCGUAAAUGUGAUGGUCUACUUUGCACAAGUCAGGAUAUUUCGUCACGUCAGGAUAAUAUGUUUCUAGUGUGCAACCCGGAAUUCUGGAAGAUAGUUGUCAUUCUGCCCGUUCAGCCUAACGCAUACACAAGAGGAAGUAUCUUACACGCUGCUCCGAACUGUGGAUCUCCACUCGGACAGCUUGUGGUAGUUCCUGGAUGCGCAGAAAUGCCCGUUCUCGGGGCUAAAAAUAUCGUUCUUAUCGACGAGGCGGAUGGAAAACGAUCUAUUGUGAAUCAAUGGAAGGAGAUCCGAACCAAAUAUUUCAAGCCAAAACGUGUCACAGAACUAGAAGUGGCAGUAAUGCGCGAUGCUCGUUUGAAAAAAAUAACUUUUGAAGUUUCGGGACCACCCCCCCCAACCGACCUAGCGCCGAUUUUUCUACAAACCUUGAAGUGUUUCUUUCAUUUCCUUAGUGAAGAAUACUUCGCCUGCUCGUAG